AGCCUGCCUCCAUUUACGGCGCGCACGAGAGGCUCCCGGGGCCGGCCAUCGUUUCUGGCCUUGCCGUCGCCGUCGCCGUGCUGCUCCUGCCGUCGCUGUUGCCGUCGGCGUUGAUGGGGCUCGCCGGGGAAGGAUCGCCCGUCAGUGGCGGAGGGUUCAGUGAAAACGGCAAGUUCAGCUACGGGUAUGCAAGCUCUCCAGGGAAAAGAUCUUCCAUGGAGGACUUCCAUGAAACCAGAGUAGAUGGUGUCGAUGGAGAGACAGUUGGGUUGUUCGGCGUUUUCGACGGCCACGGUGGUGCUCGAGCAGCGGAGUUUGUAAAACAAAACCUUUUCACCAAUUUAAUCAAGCACCCAAAGUUCUUCAGCGAUACCAAAUCAGCUAUUGCUGAAACUUACACUCACACGGACUCGGAACUUCUGAAAGCUGAUACCAGCCAUCAUCGAGAUGCGGGGUCAACCGCUUCCACUGCAAUUCUUGUAGGUGAUCGCUUGGUGGUUGCAAAUGUUGGGGAUUCUAGGGCAGUCAUAUGCAGAGGAGGGGAUGCUAUAGCAGUGUCAAGAGACCACAAGCCAGAUCAGACAGACGAGAAGCAGAGGAUAGAGGAAGCUGGUGGAUUUGUGAUGUGGGCUGGAACAUGGCGUGUUGGUGGCGUUCUUGCUGUUUCUCGAGCAUUCGGUGACAAGCUCCUAAAGCAGUAUGUGGUCGCUGAUCCAGAGAUCAAGGAGGAGGUUGUGGACAGCUCCUUGGAGUUCCUCAUCCUUGCAAGUGAUGGUCUGUGGGACGUGGUGACCAACGAGGAAGCCGUGGGCAUGGUGAAGCCGAUCCUGGACUCGGAGCAGGCGGCCAAGCGGCUCCUCGCGGAGGCCUCCCAGCGGGGCAGCGCCGACAACAUCACCUGCGUCGUCGUGCGCUUCAUGGAGCAGCACAACGGGCUGGGAAGGGCCACCAACGACCAAGCCUCGUGAACAUCUGCUGCUGUGACAUCUUGUUCUUGGCACCAAAUAUACAAUUUUACUCUGCUUUCUGCUUCGUAGCAUCAUUCUAGAGAUGCAGUUAAACCAGCGUCAUGUGUAAGUUGUUUUACUUAAAAUGUAAAUCUACUGUAUGUUACUGAAAAUGUAAGCGAACGACACCUGCGCUCGUGUCUUGGAAUGAAAUCUGGCAAGAAAAAGAACCGUUCCUCCAA